CUACCUUGGGGAUAGAGCUCUUCAGUAGCAUAGUUUCUUCUUGGACCCUAGCUUGGUAAAAACUGGAAAAGUCAAUAGCCAAAGCUUUGGGGGAUUGUCUCCGAAAUAACUCAAUUCGCUGCAGCCCCCUCUUAGAGCAGGGCUCACUUCCCUCUACUCGCCUUUCCAUCACUCUCACUAUCAGCGGCUCAGACAGCUUUCCUGGGUUAUUCUCGUUCUUCCCUUUUCAAUUCUCGACCUGUCAUGGACUUUUUUAUGUUCAGCUCCCCUAUCUACAAGUGGGAGAGAGGUCAUCCGAGGACCGGGCUCUAGGGAUUGGGUGUCCAAGUCCAGGCAGCCGCAACCUCAGCCCCUUACCCGACUAUAAUUAGCUCACUCCGGCGACAGGCCAGGGUGGCCCCACAAGUUCCCUCUCCCUGGGGCUCAGAGACAAAGCCCAGCACCUAGAUCAACCCAGCUCUGGCCAUGAGUUCCCCAGGCACCGUGAUCUGCAGCGAAGACGAGGGGCUACUUUCCCCUCAGUUCCGGAAGGACUACCCCAGCCUCUCUUUACCAACUCAGCAAAGCCCCAGCUGGCCUUCCUCCCCAGACGAAGACUCGGGUCUACUUCCCUUCCCUCUGGGACAAUCCAGUCACCGGGCCUCCGAGCUUGGAGAUCUUCCUUCUCCUUCCUUGUCCCUGGAGGAAGAUGAAGAAGGGGAAACUGAGGCGCUAGUGAGUGAGGAGCACCCAGGCCAGUUCUUUGCAGAAGCUCGAAGGCUUCGGGACUUAAGUCUGCUGCUAGAUGAAGAGGUAAUAGUGCAGGGUCGAAGGUAUGCGGUGCAUGGGGCGGUCUUGGCUUCAGUCAGCAGCCUCUUUCGCUCCCGGCUGCUGGGGAAUGGGGACCCAAGACCCCCCAUACAGCUGGACGUAGCACCCCAGGGUUGGGAGGCAGUGCUGACCUUUGCCUAUGAGGGGGUGGUGGGUCCCGCCGCUUUGGGAGAUGUGAUAGCGGCAGCGGAGCUCCUGGGAGCCCCUCGGGUAGCAGCAGCUGCCCUAAGGAGACUGGAGGGGGACCGGAACCAAGGAGACAAGGAACAGGAGGGACCGGAUAAAGCUGAGGAGUUGAGAGAGAAUCUGAGCAGCAUGGAGCAGCUCUAUCGUGAGGGUGUUGGCUGUGACCUGGAGCUGGAAGCAGAGGGCUGCCACCUGAAGGUGCACCGCGUGGCUCUAGUCUGCGGGAGCGAGUUCUUCGGAGCGAUGCUCCUGAGUGGGAUGAGGGAAUCUCAGGGCUCAGCUGUCACACUACGCACAGUCUCAGCCGCAGAACUGCAGCUCCUCGUCUCCUUUGCCUACUCAGGGGCACUGCAAACAAACUGGCCAGGGCUGCUGAGGGCCACCCUGACUGCCCUGCAGUACCAAAGCGGCUCCUGCUUGGCCUUGUGCCAGAGAGCCCUGGCCCGAGGCCUUAGCCCAGUCCGAUGCUUGGCCUUGCUUCCCGUGGCUGAAGCCCCAGGACUGGAGAGACUUUGGGACAAAGUCCAUCACUACCUCCUCAACCAUCUGCCGGCUGUGGCGGCCUGCCCUACCUUCCCAGACCUGCCCCGUCCCUUCCUGGCCAGCCUCCUGGCCAGCGACGAGCUGCAUCUAGAGGAGGAAUUCGAGGCUUUCGAGGCGGCGUGGCACUGGCUGGCGGCAGAUCCCAUUGGCAGAGAGCCUGAAGCGGAGCCUCUACUGCGCUGCGUCCGCUUUGGUCGCAUGUCCACGCGGGAACUGCGGCGAGUGAGAGCUGCCGGACUGCCCCCGCCGCUGCCCUCGUCCUUGCUACACCAGAUUCUGACGGCGGCCGAGGUGCCGGGCCGAGCAAGGCGGCGGGAGCCCGAGCGGGCGCUGGUGGUGAUCGGCGGAGACGGGCUCACUGCGGACUUAGCUCAGAGCCAGCCGUCGCGAGGGGUGUGGUGGGCGCGCGCCUUCUGCAGUGGCGUGGGGCUGGUGCACACGGUGGAGUGGGGGAGGCUGCCUGCCCUGCCUCCGGGGCGCUUCCGGCAUGGCGCUGCCAGUCUCACUGGGCGGGAGCUGUACGUGUGCGGAGGGCAGCACUACUACAGCCACUCAGACACGCUGGCCUCCGUGCUCAGGUGGGCACCUGGCCAAAGUAAUUGGGAAGAGUUGGCGCCAAUGUGUCAAGCUCGGUCUUUCUUCCCACUGGUGGCUCACGAUGGACAUCUUUAUGCCUUGGGUGGGAGAGACAAGGGGGCUGCCUUGGAUUCGGUGGAAGCCUAUGAUCCCAAGCUUGAUGCUUGGAGGUCAGCACCACCCCUCCCCACACCCUGCUUUGCACACGCAGCCUCUGUGUUGGAUGGUCAGGUCUAUGUGAGUGGAGGCUGCAAUGAGUUUGGUCAAUAUCUGGCCUCCCUCUUUAACUACAACCCUACUCGCAAGCCGUCAUGGGUCCUGCUGAAUCCUAUGAAGACCCCUCGGGCAGGUCAUGUCAUGGUAGCCCUGGGUGGACGACUCUAUGCAGCAGGAGGUUUGGGUGAGGCCGGAGACUUGCUUAGUUUUGAAGCAUAUGAGCCCAGGACUGACACCUGGAUGAGCUUGGAACCUUUGCCCUCUCCCCACGUGGGAGCUGCUGGAGUCUCUCUUCAAGGGGAGAUCCUAGUUUUGGGGGGCUACAGUCACCAAACAUAUGCUCUCUCCCACCUCAUUCAUGCAUACUGCCCCGGCCUAGGCCGCUGGCUUUGUCUGGGAACCUUGCCCCGGCCCCGAGCUGAGAUGUCUGCCUGUGUCCUUCAGCUAUCUCCCAUAUAGCUGCAAACUCCAGGAGCUGAUUCAGCUCAGAUUUAACUCCUUAGUCAGGCAGAAAAAGGAGGAGGAAAAAAAGAUGGAGAAUCAGGAUGUGCAGAUUGAGGAUAUGGGCAAGAAGGAAAGACACACUUGAGGGAAAAAAAAUAAGUCAUGUGAUGGGGGAAAGCUUUACAGAAGGUUUUCUUCAUUUUGUGUGUGUGUCAUAGACUCCUUUGGCAGUCUGUGACACCUAAGGACCACUUCUCAGGAUGAUAUUUUUAAACUUUGUGCACAAUAUAAAAUAUAUAAGAAUACAAAAGAAACUAACUAUAUUGAGGUACAAUUAACAGAAUAUUUUCUAAAUGAACCCCUGUACCUCAGUCUAAGAACCUGCUGAAGUAGGAAAAUAAAGUUAGGGGAAAGAAACUUUGUUCAAUUCCAUCCAAGGCUUAUGGAUCUAAAGGUAGACUUAUACAUGGCACAGAGCAUGGCAUCCUAUCAUCCUAGGAUUUAGAAUGGAAGCAGAGUUUAGAAACCAUCAUUUUAUGGAUAAAGGAACCAAGGUCCAAAAUUUUAAGUGAGCUAUGCAGAUAAACAUGAACAGUAAAUCUAAUUUAUGGAAAGAUCAUGGAAAGAAAUGGGAAGCAAGGAAAAUUUGAUAAAAGUUUUAAAAGGGCUACAAAAGACUUUUUCUUCCUCACUUAUCUCUUUUACCUUGUUAAAUAAUUAUUUUUUCCCCCACUGCCAUGCUCCAAAGUGUCUGAACUCUCCUGACCAGACCAUUUCCCUCCUUAAAUAGUCCCUAAGAAUAAGCUUGACUUUUUCAUAUCUCAAUCAUCACUUCUACCUUUGGGGAACUUCUGGGUUCCAACAAAAUUGAAGGCUCAAGCAAAGAAGCUCUUGACUAGGGUUGUAAGAGGUGAGGAAAUGCAGUAGAUAAAGUGCCAGAUUGGGAAUUGGGACAACCAGGAUUCCAAUCCUGCCUCUGAUACUUAAGUAGCUAUUUGAUUGAGCAAAAUCAUUAAAUAUUCCCCAUUCAUUUUUCUCAUUUAAAACGAGAGGACUUCUAAGGUCCCUUCUGGCUCUUAAUCUAUGAUCUUAUGAUUUAGGUAGUAAUUAACUUCAGGAAAGCUGCUAAUAGAAGCAAAAGUGUGUAUAUAUGUGUGGAUGGACAGGGGUUAUAUUUGGUGAAGGGAAAGGGCAGGUGAAACAGAGAUAGAUUUAAAAGAGUCUAUACUGGAAGGGGUUAUGGUUUAGGAGAUGGAAAGUGAACUAGGGAACUUCACUGCCUGGAUCUGUCCUUACCCAGCAUCCCCAGAAUAGAUUGUGAGGUGAGUGAAAAGAAACAUUUUUUUACUUUAGACUUUCCUGUUGAGGAAAAGGUGAAUAGAAGGAUAAUUUGAACACCAUGAGAACUGGACAAGAGAUCCCCUAUUCCCUUUACUCCUUUUCUCUGGGAUUUUCCUGACCCAUCUAUUCUUUUCUGAAUGGGGAAGGGGAAUAGGGACACAGAUACACUGUGUUUUGGGAAUUUUUGAUAUCCAUCUAGUCAAAGACAAAUAGCUAUUUCAAAGAUAUUCCAGGGAUAUGCCUAUAUUUUAUUUUUUUAUUCUGAACUUAAGAAAUAAAACAAGCAUUUCCAUGACAAAGCAGAAUAUAAAAAGAAGACUGUAUAUGAAACUGCAAAUCUAUUAUGUACAAUGUUCUCUUCCUUUUAAAUAAAGUAGUCAUGUAACUUUCAAAGCCA